AUGUCUCUUCCACCAAAGUUCAGGGGUCAGAAGUUGGCCGCAGCAAAUAUAGGCUCAUCCCCACAUACUAUUGAGCUAUAUCUCGACUACGUUUGCCCAUUCUCCGCAAAGCUCUUCAACACAUUCUACACCUCCGUGAAACCACUCAUCACCGAAAAAUACGGCUCCAAAGUCCAGGUCAUAUUCAGACAACAAAUCCAGCCAUGGCAUCCAUCCUCCACCCUCGUACACGAAGCCGGGGCUGCAGUUCUCAAAGUCGCUCCUGAGAAGUUCUGGGACUUUAGCCAGGUCCUUUUCAAAGAGCAGAAGGAAUACUUUGAUGAGAAGGUCGUGAAUGAGAUUAGGAAUGAUACGUAUAAACGUCUUGCGGCGUUGGCGGCUACCGUUGGGGUAGAUGAGAAGAAGGUUUAUGAUCUACUUGUUAUCAAGGAUGGUGGUGAGGGUGCCAAUAAAGGAAAUGGAGUGACGAAUGAUAUCAAGUUGAUGGUCAAGGCCAAUCGCGUUAUUGGUGUGCAUGUCACUCCUACUGUCUUUUUCGACGGUAUCGAAGAGAAGAGCAUCAGCAGCAGCUUCACUUCCGAUCAAUGGGAUGAAUGGCUUCGCAAUAAUGUUGUUUGA